AUGGCUACUACACAGGAGGAUCCCGAAGUUCACCUGGCCGCUGAAGACGAUGUCUCCGAUAGCGAACAGGACCUUGAGAGCAUCCGCUCAGAGACCACAAGCGUCAAGGACUCCAUUCUUGAGCACAGGAUCGAGAACGGAAGAUCAUAUCACAAGUAUAAGGAUGGCAAAUAUGCUUGGCCUAACGACAACAUGGAGCAGGACAGGCAGGAUAUGCAACACGAAAUAUGUAUCCUCACAUUCCACGAGAGAUUGGGCUUCGCUCCUCCUUGUGACGAGGGCGCUAAGGUUGGCCGUGUUCUCGACCUUGGUACUGGAACUGGUCUCUGGGCUAUUGACUAUGGUGACCAGCAUCCAGAAACUGAGUUUGAGGUUGACGAUGUCGAGGAAGAGUGGCUCUAUUCCCGGCCUUUUGACUACAUCCACCUUAGGUUCAUGAACGGGUCUAUUUCGGAUUGGAGGAAGAUCAUCCAGAAAGCUUACGAUAAUCUCGUCCCGGGAGGCUACUUUGAGAUUCAGGAGGGAGACUUCGUCAUCAAAGCUGAUGACGACACUCUACCUCCUGAGAAGCCAUUAGCGCAGUUUGUUUCCCUCAUUCGCGAAGCUGCUGAGAAGUUUGGGCGCAGAUUCGCUCCUAUCCCAGAGAUGAGGGAGCUCAUGAUCGACGUUGGAUUCGAGAACGUGGCCCAGCAGAACUUCAAGUGGCCGUCUAACGCGUGGCCGAAGGAUGAGCACUACAAGAGAAUUGGCGAAUGGAAUUUCCAUAAUUUCGUUGAUGCCGCUGAAGCUAUGGCUCUUGCACCUUUGACCCGGGUUCACAACUGGACGAAGGAGGAGGUUCAAGUGUUUCUUGUAGGUGUUCGCAAAGAUAUGAGAGACAAGAAGAUCCACUCAUAUAUGCCAAUCUACACUCUUGUAGGCAGGAAGCCUUUGAAAGAAAACAGUCCAGCUCCGCCUCAAAGUCAGAGCACUCCAGCGGAUGCCGAAGCUUCCACAGCGGCAGCUUCAGCUUCAGCUCAGUAA